AGUUCUCAUCUCCAUUGACCUACCCUGGGCGUCUAGCAUCGUGGGCGGCAAAUCUGCAGCUCACAAUGCAUACACGAUCAUGUUUUGGGGAUGAAUGUUUGGGUAGCCGCCGUAAGUAUACCAAGUCCUGAAGUCGUACUGAACGCUGAAGCUUGUCAAGUUGAACAAUGAGCUCUGAGCUCGAGAAAAGAGCUGCGAACGAUCAUCUUUGCGAGUCUAGGCGACAGAGUCUCUCCGAUCUUGUACAAGGCAGGACGAGAAAUGUACGGCGACAUUCUGUGAAAAGUGUGAUGAAGCUGGAAGCCUUGCAUGAGACGUGGGGCUCGACGGCGCGUCCCGAUCAAGUGCAGCACUUCGCGCGUGGUGGGUACAUUGGGAAGGCGCGGAUAUGAAGACCUUCUCCCUACAGAUAAUUGUCGCAUGUCUGCCAACUUCCGCUGUACUCAUUCGAGCCAGAGACGAUGUCGAAGCCACUUCUGAGAAAGCCGUCAAUUGAGUUGAAGAAGGAACGACUGCUCUUUUACGAUGAGAUUCCUGCAUGGCAGAAAGAUAAUGAGUACUUGCUAACAGGAUAUCGUCCGACUGCAGGCAGUUGGAAAAAAUGUCUGAAGAGCGUGCUUGGAUGGCAUAACGAAACGAUGAACAUCCACACUCACACCUUCGGCGCAGUACUCUUCGCCCUCCUCCCCUUCCAUUUCUACUAUACUCUAUACCAGCACGUCACAACCGCCCAACCAAUCGACGCUAUAGUCUUCACCCUCUACUUCCUCGGUGUAGCAAUCUGCUUCACCUGUUCAGCAGGCUGCCACAUAGUCUGGACCCACAGCCCACCCAUCGCCAGUCUAGGAAACCGCCUCGACUUCUCCGGUAUCGUAAUCCUCAUGUGGGGAGCCAGUCUCGCUUCCAUUCAUUUUGCUUUCAUCUGCGAUCCUUGGCUUCGCACUCUGCAUUGGAUCUUGGUGUCGGCAAGUGCUUCUGGGUGUGUGGCGUUCACGAUGUAUCCAGUGUUUAUCAAGCCGGCAUUCAGGGCGUUCCGGGCGGCUAUGUAUGCCAGUUUUGGAUUGUUUGCUGUGGUUUUUGUGUUGCACGGGGUCUAUCUGUAUGGGUUUGCCAUGCAGAGGAGGAGGUUGGCGGUGGAGUGGAUGGUGGUGAUGGCAUUACUCAACUUCACAGGAGCGGCUUUCUAUGCCUUACGAUUUCCAGAAGCGUGGUUUCCUCGUCGCUUUGACUUUUUGGGGGCGAGUCACCAGAUCUUUCAUGUACUGGUUUUGGCGGCUGGGCUGGUGCAUUACAAGGGAUUGGCUACUGCGUUCGUUGAAGUCAGAGGAGCGCAGCAUACUUGUGGCAGUAUUAGCACAACUUAAGGGUAGACACGCCUUGAGGUAUAGGUGAUGGAAGAUUAGAGAAUCUGGGUCAUACAAU